AUGGGUCUCUGUCCACUAAAUUUCGAGGCCAACCAGAAAGAAGGGAGUUUGCCUACUUUAGUCUUGAAUCCAUAUUCAUGGACGAAGGUGGCGAGCGUAAUCUUUAUAGACUUACCUGUUGGUACUGGAUUCUCCUACGGAAUGACAUCACUUGCUUCUCAAUCUUCUGAUUUGCAAUCAUGUGACCAAGCCUAUGAAUUUCUCAAGAAGUGGUUGAUUGAUCAUCCAAACUUCCUCUCAAAUCCAGUUUAUGUGGGUGGAGAGUCAUACACAGGCAUUACUAUUCCAAUUAUAGUUCAACUAAUAUCAAAUGGAAACGAAGUAGGCAUUAAACCACUUAUCAAUCUAAAGGGAUACCUACUUGGCAACCCAGUUACAACUCCUGAUGACAGCAAUUAUGCAAUCCCAUUUGCUCAUGGAAUGGGACUUAUUUCAGACGAACUCUACGAGUCAUUGCAAAGAAGCUGUCAAGGAGAGUAUUCGAAUAUAGAUCCCAACAAUACACGGUGUUUGCAGGAUCAUCAGGCUUACUCUCAGUGUAUUGAUGGAGUUCUAAAAUCUCAAAUUUUGGAACCAUCAUGUGGUUUUGCUUCUCCAAAACCACAGGAAUUGUUUAGUGAAAGAAGAUAUGUCGAUGAGAAAAACAUAGAGCUUGUUGUUCGUCAAUCAUCGCCUUGUGAUUCUAGUCGUAUCAAUGCGUACAAACUGUCCUAUAUUUGGAAUAAUAAUGAUAGAGUUCGAGAAGCACUCCAUAUCCGAAAGCUCCUCUUACAAGUCUUGAAUCCAAAUUCAUGGACGAAGGUGGCGAGCGUAAUCUUUAUAGACUUACCUGUUGGUACUGGAUUCUCCUACGGAAUGACAUCACUUGCUUCUCAAUCUUCUGAUUUGCAAUCAUGUGACCAAGCCUAUGAAUUUCUCAAGAAGUGGUUGAUUGAUCAUCCAAACUUCCUCUCAAAUCCAGUUUACGUGGGUGGAGAGUCAUACACAGGCAUUACUAUUCCAAUUAUAGUUCAAGUAAUAUCAAAUGGAAACGAAGCAGGCAUUAAACCACUUAUCAAUCUCAAGGGAUACCUACUUGGCAACCCAGUUACAACUCCUGAUGACAGCAAUUAUGCAAUCCCAUUUGCUCAUGGAAUGGGACUUAUUUCAGACGAACUCUACGAGUCAUUGCAAAGAAGCUGUCAAGGAGAGUAUUCGAAUAUAGAUCCCAACAAUACACGGUGUUUGCAGGAUCAUCAGGCUUACUCUCAGUGUAUUGAUGGAGUUCUAAAAUCUCAAAUUUUGGAACCAUCAUGUGGUUUUGCUUCUCCAAAACCACAGGAAUUGUUUAGUGAAAGAAGAUAUGUCGAUGAGAAAAACAUAGAGCUUGUUGUUCGUCAAUCAUCGCCUUGUGAUUCUAGUCGUAUCAAUGCAUACAAACUGUCCUAUAUUUGGAAUAACAAUGAUAGAGUUCGAGAAGCGCUCCAUAUCCGAAAGGGAAGCAUAAAAGGAUGGAUGAGAUGCAACAAAUUAUCUUACACUCGCACAAUUUGGGACAGUUUCCAAUAUCAUGUAAAUCUCAGCACUAAAGGCUACAGGUCCCUUAUAUACAGUGGUGAUCAUGACAUGAUGGUUCCAUUCUUGGGAACUCAAGCAUGGAUUAGAGCUCUCAAUUAUUCCAUUGUUGAUGAGUGGCGUUCAUGGUGGGUCCAAGGCCAAGUUGCCGGUUAUACAAGGACUUACUCAAAUUGGAUGACCUUUGCUACCGUCAAGGGAGGAGGACAUACAGCUUCGGAGCAAAAGCCUAUUGAAUGUUAUACUAUGUUUGAAAGAUGGAUUUCUAAUCAACCUCUAUGAUAUAUCAAUCUUUUAUCUACCCAAAUAGGUGUGGCAAAACCCAAAAGUAUGGUCACUUUGAUGCUGCCAAAACUCUAAUAUGAGACAUGGUCUUGUCUAUGGGUACAACUAUUUUUAUAUGAACACGAUUUUUUAAGGAUGUAAUGUUUGUUAUUUUUCUAUGACAAAGCAAUCACUAGCUUACUUGAAAAAAAGACCCCAGUGGAUCUAGAAAUAAAAUAAGGUACUCAGGUUAGAUGUCUA